AUGACACAGAUAAUCUCCGGGCACGGUUGUUUUGAAGAUUACCUGUGCAGAAUAAAAAAAGAACCAUUGCCUAAAUGCCACCACUGCAACGCGAUUAAGGACGACAACAUACAUACCGCUUUCAUCUUCCCGGCAUGGUCGGAGGAAAGAAAGAGGUUAUACGAGAUAACGGGCCGGCUGUCCAGCUUAAAAGGAGCCAUAGAGGCUAUCCUUCACACAUCCGGAAAAUGGGAAACCUUCAAAGCAUUCUGUGAAGCAGUAAUGCUGAAAAAAGAACACGAGAGAGCCAGGGAGGCACAGAGAGAAACUACGCGGAGAAACGCUGCCACCAUCUACAUAAGAUGGAACGCAGCCAUAACUUAA